UAUUACAACUGUUACAUGAAUGAGUUAACAACAAACACAGACUGUAACAUCACAGUAUAAUGACUUAGUGUUAAAAGUCAGGUAGAUUUACACGACUAACUGACUCCAGUCAUAAUAACAUGUAAUCUUGUAAGUCUACCUACUUAAUUAUUCAUCAAAUUAGUUCAUUAAAAAUCCGGAGACAUGUCUGGAUUGCUGGGUCAAGGCACAGACACAGUCAUUAUCUUAACUCGAAAAAUUUUAAUGUUCAACAUAACAAACUCAGUUCUCCACAUGUAAGUCAUUUAGUUAGACUAACGGUUUAGCCCUAGAGCUUUAAUUACAUUGUUAGAGUCAUAUAGUUCAUUGAUAACUUGACCUUUAUUGACAAUUCCCGCCAUUAUAAGCGCUGAGGGAGAUAGAGUAUUGACUAUUGAUUACUCUACCUUAGUCAGACUUAAAGAAAAAUUUCCAAUGAGUCACAUACAGCACUGCAGUGAUAGAAGCAGGUAGAUACAUACACAGUGAUUGUCUCAUAGACAUACAGGGCAUCAUACUUCAAGUUUUAUUUCAGUAUAAAGUUUUCAAGAAUAUAUUGUUCCAGGCUUAUGUUUUUAUGAUAAUAACUGAUUUGUGACAUGUUGUGGAAUUCGUUAGACAAUCCUAUGAUUAUGGGCUGUAAUAUAGGCUAAUGUCUAUUUCAUGGGGCUCAGGAAGGAGAGAGAUUCUUCGAAUUUAUGAAAACAUGAGUCUCCAGUUAACCUCCAUCACAAAGACCCCAGACCGUCUGGCCACUAAGGGAGCUGACUUCCUCAGGAGAGGCACCGCCAACACUGGCAUAUUUGCUCGUAGACGCAAGAGUGCAGUGGAACUUUUGGAAGCCUCCAAGUCAGAGUACGUAAAGAGCAUCAGCGUUUUAAACCACAAGCAGGAGCUGAAGCACCCAGAAGUACUACAUAUCGGGGACCAGUCAAACAGUUGCAUCUCUGGCAGCCGUCCUACUCGCCCGGUGUCUGAAUAUGGAUUAGGAUUAGACUCCGUGGAUCAUCGAGGUUCCCCUGCUUCAUCACAGAAAUCCACAGAGAAGACCGAUAUUAAAUGUGUUCAGAAGAAAAAUUCAAAUAGCUCGGUGCAUUCCGGUUCUUCCAAAAGAAUUCGACCUGUGAGUGCCAGUGAUCACAAACUAGGAUACAAUUGUGUCGAUGUGGGGAGAAAUGGAGUUAAAGAACAUGAAAAUCAUGUGUCUCCUGUGCUAAGUGAAAAUCACAAGUCAAAAGUCUGUGUGCCUGUGUCAAGUACUUCAAAGAAUAGAUACAAGGACCAUGGAUUAAGUAUGGAUUCCUCUUCAAAUGAAAAACCCAAACUUGCAGAAAAGCCCAAGCUCCCAGAUAGGCCAAAACUUCCAGAAAAACCCAAUAUUCCUGACAGACCUACCCCGCCUGUGAAAUCCAAGGACUUCUUAGUUCCUACUUCCUAUCAGUCUCUCAGUACAUCCGUUACCGUACUGGUGGAAAAACGGUGUGCAAGUCCUGCGACAAAAACAUCAGAAAAUGAAGCUGGUGUUCUAGUAAGGAGAAAAAAGACACUUCAUAGAUCUCAAUCCGACCUUAGUGGUCGACAUUCAAGGACAAGUUCUGACCUUUCUGACCUGAGUUCAAGACUAUCAAGAACAAGUACAGAACUCGAGAGAUUCUUUGAUGAAAUGGGAAUAGAUCGAUCAGUUUUGGACCCCAUGCUCAGACUUCAUCACAGAACUCAGAAUAGUGACAUGUUUGAGAGUCUCAGCUCCAUCGCCUCUGCUCCAAAUGAUAGGAGCUCCUGUAGCGAUGCUUCACAGGGCGGGGGAAUAUCAGAAACCGACAAAAAAAUUGCUGAAUGUAAUAGUAAACAAACUUCCGUAGUAGAAACAAAUGCUAGGAUAAUAAAAUGGUUGUGCAAUGUGAACAAGGCUCAAAAACCUAGUCAGCAGUCUUCAUCCUAAAGUUUAUGUUAACUGGUCAUAAAUAUUGUACACCUGUGAUAAAGCUGACAGGUGCAGUCUUUUAUCAGCAACCUCCUAAUGACUGUUUGGUUUCCUGCUGAUAGCAAGGGUUGCAUCUAAACACAAUUCAUUCCGUGAACUUGGAAGGUUGUUUUUCAUUAUGUGCUGGAACGUUUUCUACAUACAUUCAGACUUGGGGGGAAACAAUUUGAAGAGUAUGGAGUAUUCAUAAUGAUUUCAUUGAUGAUAAGAACCGUAAUUAAUAAAAACCCACAUAGGGUAAUUCAUAACAUGCAUGAAAAUGCUGCUAUUACACCCAGUGCACCCCAUCCAAUGGGUUGAAUCUUUCAGCCGAAGUACAGUUUUGAAUUAUUUUUUUAGGUAAUCAUAUUUUUGAAAGAAAAUUUAUUGAUGUUAAAUGAUGUUGAAAAUCAACAGUUUUAGCAUUUGAGAUUUACAACUAUAGAGCUGAAUAUUGUAAAAGUGGCUGGAAAAAUCAGUAGAUUGGUGCCUGCUCUGGUAACAAUAUCAAUUGAUUUUAUGCUUUGACAUGCAGCAUAUUGUGUUUAAUUGCUUAAGUGGACCAGUGAGGCAAGACCAAUUGAAGUGCAAUAUUUGUAUCAUAAAUUCAUGCUGUUGAAAGAUGCCAUUAUGUGUAAUGAAUAAAAUACAGUAACUGGGGAUAAAAUAUAAAUGAUGCAUCUAAUUUUGUAUGUGGUGAAUUGUGAAAUGUUUUUUAUCUGUCAGUGCCUUUGAAACCAAGAGGCUCCUUGCAGUGUAAAAUGCUUGUUGCCUUGCAAAUCAACUGUCUUCAGCUUUCUGGUGAUAUUCCUUAGGAUAUGUAAUUAAUGCAGUUUAAUUACUAGCUGCAAUAUUGUAGCCCUCUCUAAUGUAUUGGGGGGGGGGGGGGUUUCAAAAUAAAAAAUCGGAAAUAGCUACAUUAUUGCAGCUAUUUAAUUAAUUUUAGAGAAAUCUACUACAUAGGGGAUGGAUGUUGAAAUGCCAGACUGUCUGCUAAAGAAUCUAUAACAGUGUUUGUGUACUGACUGUAGUAUAAACUGCUACUGUGUAAUCAGUUAUUGUAAAAGAAUAAUCAAAUAUAUUCAGUGUUUAAAUAUACAUUUAUUUAAGAAGUAAAUUUUAUUUUUGAAAAUACAUGCUGGCGUGAACUGAAAUGGGUAUCAUUUUAAUUUUAAUUCCUAAAGACAUGGAAGUUAAAAACAUUGGAAAUGUACAUUUAGAAAUCUCGUUUUUGUUCAGGACUACAUGUGCAUUGCAUCUAUUAGUCAUUUGUAAUUCAAGAUUUCUCCGGAGUCAAAUUCGUUUCAAGAAAUUUUACUCAAUUGUUAAAAACAAAACCUCAAUGUUUAUAAAACCUUCAGGUUUUCAUUUGUAACAGAUAAUUAGACAUAAAAUUUGGACAGUUUCUGGACCAAGAACCAUUGGUUUUUAGAGAGGUCUUAUAUAUUUUAGUGCUGAAUGAUAAACAGAUGCUUUAGCUUUACCAUUGUAACAGCAUUAUUCUAAACCUGAUACCCAUAUUUUAUUGAUAUAACAUGAAUUUUUUAAAGCCACUUUCAUUGUUGGAAAAAUAAUGUUCUGCACUAUUGGUGUUUUAAUGAAACAUGUUACUUCCCUGGGAUUGGUUCAGUAUAAAUUUAAAAAAAAAUAAAUCUGAAAACUUGUCUCUUUAGGAUAAAGGGAAGUAAAUCUGUAAAUUCUAAACAGCAUAACAAUUGUGAUACAGAUACUGUGAUAGAUCUAAAAAAAAAUCAUAUCUCUAAAUUGUUAGUGCCUUCAUGUUUAGAGGCUAUUUUCAGCUACUGUCAGUCUUUAUUUGCACUUGUUAUUCUCAAUGUGGUAGUCUUUGUAUCAAGGGCUUCUGUUGUUGGUACUGUAAUAAAAAUACCAGUCUAACUACUGGUUAGAUAUGCUGUCUUUGAAAUAUUAAAUUGGACAGAUAAUACAAUAAAAAUAAAACGACAA